AUGUAGUAUUCUAAUAUUAACAUCGUGGUUUUGAUAGGUGAAGCAAAAGAAGAAUCUUUAAAAGUCAAGUAGAAUUUAAAAGAAUAUAAUAUAUAUUAAGAAUAUCUAAGAUUGAAAGCAGUUAUUUUGAAUAAGUUUUAUAAGAAGGAAUAUCUAGCUAUCGAUUAGAUAGGAUUAAAUUAUAUGGAAUUCAAAAAAUUUUGGAUUUUCUGAAAAGUAGAAUUGCUAAAUAUUUUGGUAUAUAUUCUAAAAAGAAAAUAUAUCAACAAUAAAUAGCCAUAAAAAGAGUUGGUCUAUUUUAUGUCUACUAUGUCAUAAAAAUAGCCUAAAAUUGUCAAUCUUCUCAAUUGCAAGAAUUAAAGUUUGCAAAAGAAUAAAUCAAAUUAAAUAGGUAUUCCUUUUUGAGGCCUCCAAAUUAAGCAAUGCUACUAGAAUAUUUAAUUGGUUUAUUACUCUAAAAAGUAGAAGUCCUUUUUAAUAUAAAGUAUGCCAUUAUAAAAAUGAUUAUAUAAUAAUUAUGUCAUAAAGUGAUGAGAAUGAUUAAUUCCAACAAAUAUUAAAUUCACUUGAGAUCAGCAAGCGAAAGAUGAAUAUUUCUGUUCAUCAGUCCAAACUAUUGGAAGAAUCAAAAAGUUACUUAUUCGCUUUAAUUUCUUAGAAUAAUAGAGCAAACGAUUUACUAUGGAGCUCCCUACAAAUCAAGAGGCCUCUCAAUCUCAAAAAGAAAGAAUCAUCACUAAUCAUCUUUUAAAAGAUUUAGCCCCCCUUGACAAAUAGAAUGAUGAAAAUCUGAAAACUCCUAAAGUACCACCAACAAAGAAAAUAAAAACCAUUAAAAAAGGAAUUUUAUUAUUAGGUUAAAAGUUUCAUAAAGAUUUGAGUUUCUAUUUAAAAACAAUGGAACCUUUGGAUUUUUAAGAAUUAUAAUAAUCAAAUGAAUUGUUAAUCUAAAAUGCAUUAUGUGCUGGUAAAUACGUAAAUGAUUAUGGGUUAUUUUGUGUGUUAAAAGAAGCCUUGAACAAAAAAAAUAUCAAAACAAUCAUUUAAUAAGAUUGUAUAGUAGAUGAAGACGGAAAUUUUGCAGGCAUACCAUAAAAUACAAUAAAUUUAAGAAAGUCACUGGGUUUACAAGAACUUCAUUAUUGCAGUGGAAAAAUUUCAUUAUUAAAAUUUCAUAUAAAUAAUAGAUUUAAUUUAUCUAAUUAUAUUUUUUGGUCAAAAGAACUUGAGAGAUUGGAAAGUGCAAUAAAAGAUAGCCUUAUGAGUUAAGAUUAAUAGAUAUUAAUAAUCAGAAUAGAUGAAACAUAUUUAGAAUUUACUAUUCCUGAAUUUGAUGAUAAUCAAUCUCCAUAAUUUAUGUCAAAAUUAAGAUAACAAAAUUUAGAUGUCUAAGUGCUACCAUUAAUAACUCAUUUCACAUUUAGAUUGUCUGACUUAAAUCCAUGGAUGAAUAAGGAGAUAAAUAAAGAAUGGAAAUUAUUUUCGGUUCAGUGUGAUCAAUAAUAAUGCAUUGGAUAUAUUGAUAUGAAUUAGCCCACUAUUUUUAAUGAAAUUCCUAGUCCAAAAACUUUGGCCAUCAAACUUUAUGGCGAAACACAUCAAUAUUAACUUGUUUUACAGAUGAGUGAAAAAUAAGUGAUGGGAAUAUUACUAAGAGAUAAAGCUUGA